UAUCUUUCCUUUCUCUAAAAUAUCUUUCGUCUUAUUAAUUUUUCCGUUUCUGUUUUCUUUUGCCCGUUUCAUUCUGCUUUCCCCGAUAACUCGGAAACUUUUCGAGAAGAGCGUGCGUGGACUUAUCAAAAUCACCACAAAACAUCCAGCCAAUUGGGUACCUACGAGGUCAUGACUGACUGUCUUAGACGCCUCACUUACUGCGCCGUGGAGGAAGCUAAGCCCCGUCCAAAAUAUUAAAUUCCCUUGCGCCCUUGUCUUUGAAAGUGAUUUAUAUUUUCGUCCACUAUAGCCAGCAUACGAUUCUUCUGCCAACCACUGCAUGUGUAAUGCAAAUCUGUUAGAGAUCGCGCAUUAAAUGGAUCGAGUAAAAGGCAUGGAGCAGCACCAGCCAAUAGCAGACUCCAAUACCGGCUUUGCUGAUACACCAAAAAGAAAUUUCGGCGAAUUAACCGAAUGUUUAUCGGACAACCAUCAACAAUAUGACGAUUUUGGAAACCCUUCAAAACGUGCUCGUACCCUUGGAUCCGAUAUUGGGAGGCCACGUGCUGAUCCCGCGGAACAUUCUUCUGGCGAUCUCGAUCAAUAUGACGAGUCGAUUGCUGCCAAUCAUGGAAUGCUAGAUUCACUAAGCUACGACAUGGGCAUUGAUGAUGGGAGUUUCCCUGAGUGCCCGAUGGUGGGUGGAUGGCCUUUUGAGGAGAACUUCGAUAGCAGUUUCUCUCUGUUUGGCCAGUCUCUUGCAAACAAUGCUGCCGGAUUCGACCCAAUUGCUGGACGUCUUGCUGGGGCUACGUCUGAGAUGGUCGACCUCACUUUGCCAGAUGCUGAAGGUUUCGAUGGAGCGACAUCCUGCAGCGACCCUGAGCAGCCUUCUAACAAAGAUGGCGACUUUACUUCCACGCACAAUUCUCCCGAGACACCUUUAUCAACGCCCGAUAGAGGAAUAUCCGAGUCAAAACCAACAGCCGAUGACAAACGCAGUGAGACAAUCCAUGAUACCUGUUUUGGAUACGCAAGUCCCAUUCAUAAUAGUGGCAUGAUAUUUUACUCAUACAAGCAGCAGAUCCACAUCCGCGAAUAUGUCAUUAGACAGAGCCUUGAAAAGGAAAAAAGUACCCGAGAUUUAUACUUCGAUAUAUGCGGAAAUAUCGUGAUCAUUCGCGGUGCUGAAUCAAAAGAAUACGCCGGUUAUCUGAAUAGAGAAGCAGCCCAGCUGAUCGUCACCUUGUCUCACUCAUACAAAACGAAGCUUUCUGCCAAAUUCCACCCCCGAGGCAGUAUUUCAGUCAUGAUAUAUGGCAUCGGCGAUGAAGCCGACAUGAUUGGUGAUUUCCUGAGCGACAAUGGUUAUUUCAUUCAACAACCGUAUGAUUUCGAUGAGUCGACAACAUACUACAACCCACAAUAUCUGAUAACCCCGGGAUCUGAAUUCCGGGCGUCAUGGCAAAAGAAUGGUCUUGAAUUGACUCAAUCGUCCCAGUUAAAUGAGAAAGCAAAAUCGCAAGCCUCUCAGGUAAUGGAUUCCGCAUCAGGCCCAACCGUAUUCUCGAAGGUACAGGUGAGCCAUAGGAUCAAGACCGAUCUUUUGAAACACCAGAAAAAAGCUUUAGCCAUGAUGGUUGAGAAGGAGUCCGGUCGGAUUGUUGGAUGUGAAUUCCCAUCUCUUUGGUCAGAAGGUGUUGAGGAAGGGGAACGCGGGAUGAAAAUAUACCGCAAUUCUGUCACUGGGAAUGUUCAACUAAAGGAACCAGAAUUGUGCAUGGGAGGUCUUCUUGCUGAUGAUAUGGGUCUUGGGAAAACACUUUCUAUGCUGGCUUUAAUAGCUGGUUCAUUGAAUGAAACUCAAGAGGGUCAAGAACAAGCAAAACAAUCUACCUUGAUUGUUUCACCACUAUCAACCCUCUCUAGCUGGGAGAACCAAAUAGAAGGGCACUUCAAAGAGGGAUCACUGAGUUACACUGUUUAUCAUGGACCAACUCGAACAAGAGAUGCCAGCUCUUUAGCCCAACAUUCCAUCAUUCUGACAACAUAUGAUACCCUCAAGGUGGACUUUAACGAGAAAUCUAAACGCGACGGUAUCUUGCGCAAGAUUGGCUGGCAUAGGAUUGUUUUAGAUGAAGCCCACGUUAUUCGAAACCCAUCCUCUCGGGUCUUCCAGGCUGUGUACAAUCUCUCUGCAAAGCACCGCUGGUGUAUAACAGCGACUCCGAUACAGAACUGGGUGCAGGAACUUGGAGCUCUUGUUAAAUUCCUCCGUGUAUCGCCGUUUGAUGACGGAAUGUCUUUCAGGGACACGUUCACUUAUCCGAUAGAGCGUGGGAAUGAACGUGGCUGGGAAAAGCUCAGAUCUCUCGUCCAAGUCAUCUCACUUCGAAGAACAAAGGAGGCCCUUGAUCUAAACCUCCCUGUACGAGAGGGAAUUAUACAGCCGGUGGAGCUCAACAUGGAGGAAAGAAAGAUGUACAAGCUGUUCACCAAAUCAUGUGUUUCUGCUAUUGAAACUCGCGGGAUGGCACGGAGCUCUUUUCAAAAUAUUCUAAGGCUUCGACAAAUAUGCAACCAUGGUCGCGAGUUACUUCCUUCUACGACUCAGCAAUGGCUGGACAGCGUUAUGUCUUUUGAUGAGAAUCCCACCACCCCACCUCCAACCUGCGAACAUUGUAAUGAUCCCAUGGCUGACUCAGAAGAGAACAUGGAUGAUACAAUUGCCUGUAUGCAUCAGGUAUGCAAAGCCUGUCUUAGAGGUGUCCAAGAGGGCGAUAGCCCUAGUGAGCCCGUCUGCCCCGUAUGCUCUGAGUCAGGGUGUGAGAAGAAGGAAGGUCAAGGUACGGAUGAAAUGGAGGUUGAAACACAAUACCGUCCAUCCUCUAAAGUCAAAGCUUUGUUGGAAAAUCUUCAGAAGGCCAGGUGUCAAUCAUCUCAACAUCCAGAAGAGAUGCCGAUCAAGAGUGUUAUUUUUUCCACUUGGACAAAAAUGCUCGACUUGGUGGAGAAAGCUCUCGAUGGUACUGGAUUCCAAUUUCAGAGGAUUGACGGUAGCAAAAGCUCUUCGCAUCGCAAACAGGCACUCCGUAUCUUUAACGAAAGUCCGUCAUGCACUAUAUUCCUUGCCACUUUGGGCAGUGCUGGAGUUUGCAUCGAUCUUACAGCUGCUAGCCAAGUCCACCUUCUUGAGCCAGGCUGGAAUCCCAUGUUAGAGAGACAGGCACUAGACCGUGUCCAUAGAAUUGGACAGAAAAGAAAUGUCCUGGCAAUCCGCUAUAUCGUGACAGGCGCCACUUCAAUUGAAGAGUACAUCCGACGCAGACAGGAAUGGAAACUGAAUCUAAUAUCAACUUCUCUGAAUGAUACCAAUGAUGGGCGAGCUGUAGGAGUGAAGGAUAUGCUUGAGGAUUUGAAACAUACACUGAGUCAAUCAUGAUGAUUAUGUACAAUUCAUGCUAAGAUAGGAGUGCGUUGCAUUGAUCGC